UUUUGUAUAAAAAAAAUUAUAGUUUUCUUCCAUCAAAAUUAACUCGUGUUUUACAUGGUGCAACACCAAUUUUGACGAAUCAUUUGCUAAUUGCUGACUCAAAUAAAAAACAUCAAAAUAAAAUUAAUUUACAAGGAGCAAUGUUAGAUAAGAUUAGACGUAAUGAUCAAAAGGUCCGUCCAUGUGAGCCAAAAUCUAAAAUGUGUGAAAUGACGUUGACAAAUUCUUUGCUCAACAACAUAAAGAUUUUAAAUCAAGUUGAUUUGGGAUUUAUCACAGCAAUAACUGAAUUGAAUGAUACACUAUUUGUGAUUCUUAUUGAUCAACAUGCAAUGGAUGAAAGAAUUCGCUAUGAAAGUCUUCUUCGAGAUUACAGAAAUUCUAAAAAUAUCUUCAAAUCAAUGCGUCUCAAUCGACCAAUUGAAAUUUCGAAAGUUUCUCUUUCAAUUGUUAGCUUAGUUGUGAACAACAGAUCACAACUUUUUGAUUAUGGAAUAAAUGCUGUCAAAAAAAAUGACUGUACAAUAAUUAUAUCAACAAUACCAAAGUGUCUUGGUCGAAUUAGAAAUAUUGAGAAUUUAACAAGACAUUUGGAGAAUUUACUCAACGAAAUUUCAGAGUUUGUAGUUAAAGAUGUUAAUGUUACAACAAUACCCAUUACUAUUCAUAAUGCAAUAGCAUCAGAGGCAUGUCAUGGUGCUAUUAAAUUUGGUGACACUUUGGAUUUGGCCACAUCUCAAGCAUUGAUAAAUCAAUGGAUUUUAACUGACAUGCCAAAUCGAUGUGCUCAUGGACGUCCAGUAAUUAUUCCUCUUAUGCAAGUAAAUUUAUAAAGAUUA